CGCUCCAGACACUACUGCAGAUAUGGCGCUGAUGUUGAUGACCGCAUGCGCUGCUCUCCUUGACCUAUGCGCCGCACAAGGCGUCGCCCCCAGUUUUGGCCUCACUGGUGCAGGGACAUUUCCCCAAGAUGCCGGAAGAUUUCCUCAAGAUACCGGGAGAUUUCCCCAAGAUGCCGGGAGAUUUCCCCAAGAUGCCGGGAGAUUUCCCCAAGAUGCCGGAAGAUUUCCCCAAGAUGCUUUUGGUGCAUCUGGUGAUGGACCAAGAUUCUUUACUAGUGGUAUAUCAACAAAUCAAAACCCUGGAUCUCUCUCCAAUCCUGGUGUAGGAAGUGUUGUUAAUCCCUUUGCUAAUGACUUCGGCCGGGGUCCUACUAGAACCUUUGGGGGAAAUAAUUUUGCCGAUGGUUCCUUUGGAGUUAAUGGUCGUUUACCGAGUAGUUUCUUGGGCUCCACGGACAGUGUAAUUGGGUCUUUGGGUGGCUUCGGCGGACCUGUUGAUUCCUUUGACAGCUCGUUCGGUAGCCCCUUUGGCACAGGAUCUCUUAUUCCGUUCUUAAAUGGCUUAGUCAGAGAUCCUGUUAGUUCCUUUGGCGGCAAUGGUGGUGGUUCCAUCGACAGCUUAUCUGGUCUUAAUGGCCGCUUUCCAGGUUUAUUUCUCGUCUCCGAGGACGAUUUUGGAGGCUCUUUUGGUGACUCUCGUGGCUCUGUUGGGCCCUUUGGCAGCCCUCUGGAUGGAAUUUUAGGGUUCAACAACAACUUCGAUGCCUCUUUUGGAGUUCCAAGUGCGUUCGUCGGUAAUCAUGGAGGUUUCUUCGUACCCAUAGUAACUCCGGCGGGAGCUUUCCUAGUUCCAUCAUCCUUGUUUACAUCUUCCUAACUAGCGGUGUAGGUUAGUGUUACUGGAAGUUGCGCUUCCAGUCAUAGCAGACAUCUAGGCGUCCUUGAUGUACGGGCCAGCCGAGGCUCCGAGGCGUCCGUGAUACGGAUACUGUCAAAUUAUUUAUUCAGCUCAACCCACGUGACUUCUUCCAUCUUCAAUGGAAAAGUGAAUGGCGUAACUGAAUUAAUCACUACAUAACAUUUAUAAAUAUAUUUACA